AAACGAUUUUCCAUUUUUGUUCAACUCCAAGAUAACUAAAAAGAGUAGUUUUUACUGCAUUUCAUCAGUUUAAGCGGGUUUUGAAAGAUACCCACCUUGAAUGCGAUGAGUGCUAACACCGAGAAUGUGUUCUUGUCGGAUACUGAGACGAUCAAAGUUACUUACAAAGAAAAAGAACUAAAUGAGCUACAAAAACAGCUAUCCUCGCAGAUAUCUACGGCGGAUGUCUUAAGUGAAGACAAGAGUUCAGCUCCUUCUUUGGUGAGCAAUACUGUUAUUACAUCCUGUUUACUAGAAGAAUCAACAGCUAAGCCGCUGAAUGGCAAAACAACUUGUGUUCCGCUUAUGCAGGACCUAUGGGUAGAAACUAAAACAGCCGAUGGGAAAUCAUACUAUUAUCACUCUGUCAGCCGCGAAACAACAUGGACUCGGCCACAGGGUCCAAGUGUUAAUAUCAUGUCCCAGAGCGAAAUUGAAGCUCUCAAUAAGCAACAGGCUCAACAAAUGAAGCAAAUAGAUGCCAAAAUAUCCAUAGAUGCUCCAGUACCAUCCCAUCCAGUCGCAAUAAUCAAUAAUCCUAUGCAAAAAACACUGCCCCGGUUCACAGGUCCUCCGCCCGCUAUUGGUGUGUUAGCACCAUUCGGUAUGCCUCCUCCAAAUUUUCACAGCUUUUCUGCCUGGAAUGCUCCACCGACAAACAAUACACAGGCCUGGACGAUGGGGGCAGCUCACCCAAUGUCAGAAGAAAAGUUAACUGAGGUCGAGCCUUUGAUAGUUGCUAAGGCUGCAAUUUGGAGCGAACACGUCGCCCCAGACGGUCGUACUUUUUACUAUAAUGCUGGCAAAUGUGAAAGCGUAUGGGAAAAACCGCAAGCGUUGCUGGAUCUGGAGAAAUCCAAAAUGUCACUGUGGAACUCGAAACAGAAGUCAAUAACAAAUCAAUCGCUGCCGCCAUUCGUAGCCCCUCCUGUACCACCACAGAUACCGCUAAUGUCUGCGUUACAAACUGGUUGCUCCUCCACUGGAUUAAAGUUCCAACAGCUUUCCACUCAGUUUUCGGCCACUUGUGAUGGUUCAAGUAAUGUCCCAGUAGCUGCAGCUGGCCAAAUACGACAUCAACAAACUGUUUCAACUUUACCAAAUGUUCACGGCGUUGUUUUCGAUUCGUUGAGUUUCACCUCAUUGAAAAACAUGGACAAAUCAGCGAUGGAGGAAGAGCACAAAAGGAAAUUUGAAAUUGAAAAGAAACGCAAGGAUGAGGAGGACAAAUCGAAGUCAUUAAAAACACAGGAUAAAAGUCGUCCCAUUUCCAGUACUCCUAUCACUGGUACACCUUGGUGCGUUGUUUGGACAGGCGAUGGUAGAGUAUUUUACUACAAUCCCUCAACUCGUACCUCCGUUUGGGAGCGUCCCGACGAUCUCAAAGACCGGGAGGAUGUAGAUAAAGCUGUAUUGGUCCCUCCGCAACAACUACUAACUAGCACAGGGACAAAGGCAACAGUGGACGGACUGAUUAGUAAAACUACUACAGCAGACACUACACAGACGCCAGCAGUAUCCAUAGAGAAAGAUAGCAUAGUCUGUGGAUUCGUCUGUGAUUCACUUGAACCACGACACACUCAUAAUGAAUCGAGUGGGGAAGAAAAUUGUAUGAUGGGAAAACGAAUGAAAUCUGAUGUAGAGGCUGCUGAAGGUAAAUCGUUCAAUGUGGCGAUUGCGAACAUUGGGAGUAGUUUGAGUGGUGUUAACGAUCCCGAAAAAGAAGCCUUCGCUAUGGAAGCAGAAGCAAGGGCUGCACGUGAAAGAACAUUAGUGCCAUUAGACGUACGAAUGAAGGCGUUUCGCGAAAUGCUACGGGAAAAAGAAGUUUCCGCAUUCAGUACUUGGGAAAAAGAGCUUCAUAAGAUCGUAUUUGAUACACGUUAUUUAUUGCUGACGUCAAAAGAGCGCAAGCAGGUAUUUGAGCGCUACGUAAAAGACCGAGCAGAUGAAGAGCGGCGGGAAAAGCGUAGCAAAAUGCGACAAAAACGAGAUGAAUUCCGCGCAUUAAUGGAAGCAGCACACCUACACGGAAAAUCUUCAUUUAGCGAUUUUGUCAUAAAGUAUGGCAAAGAUGAUCGAUUUAAGGUAAUUGAAAAGAAUCGCGAACGGGAGAGUCUAUUCAAUGAGUUCAUUGUUGAGGUAAGAAAACGAGAGAAGGAAGAAAAGCAAAUCCGCAGGGAUCAGGUUCGAAGGGACUUUCAAACAAUGCUACGCGAGAGGAACGAUAUCAACCGACAUACUCGCUUCAACGAUGUUCGUAAACGGCUAGAAACGGAUAUCCGCUAUAAAGCCGUCAUAGACCACAUGCAGCGUGAGAGGCUGUUCGAGGACUACAUAAAGGAGCUAAAGGAACAAAAAAAGCGUAACAAAUACAAACAAAAAGAGAAGGAAAAAAUAGGAAAAAGUGGUCGAAACGAACAUCAUUCUAGAAGAUCGCAUGAUCGUUCAUAUGAGCAGCAAUCUAAUGAUCCCGUAACUUGUAAUGCAAAAGACAUCAAAAAUGAGGAUGUACGUGUUAGUGAUAUCGACAUUGUAACGGACAGUGUAAUAGUUAGCAACAGUGUAGAGGACGACGAAGGUGAAGACUGUAACACUUCCGACGAAGAUGAAAUUGACCGCCAGCAAAUGGAACGUGAUAAGAAACUUCGCGCAGAAGCUAGCAUAAAGGAACGCGAAAAAGAGGUCCAACGCACAUUAGCUACGCAUCUCAGAGACCGUGAUAAAGAAAGGCAGCUCCACCAACGGGACGAAGCAAUAAGACACUUCAAUGCACUGCUUACCGAUCUAGUACGCAACUCCGAUCUUACGUGGAAGGAGGUCAAAAAGCUGUUGAAAAAGGAUCAUCGUUGGGAUCUUAUAGAAAUGCUCGACCGCAACGACCGUGAGAGAUUAUUCAAUGAACAUAUUGCGAAUCUCGUGCGCAAGAAACGCGACAAAUUUCGUGAGAUGCUUGACGAAAUAGCGUCUAUUGAAUUGACUUCCCAAUGGAAGGAUAUUAAAAAAAUUAUUCGAGAUGAUCCACGUUAUUUAAAAUAUAAUAGCAGCGAAAGGGGAGAGCGAGAAUUUCGUGAGUUUAUAAAGGAUAAAACGGCGAGUGCUAAACAUGCAUUCCGUGAACUGCUACAAGAGUGUAAGUUUAUAACGCACAAGAGCAUGGAAAUGUUUCGUGAAAAUGAAAACUAUUUACGAGAAAUUGAGGAUAUACUGCGAAACGAUCGACGUUAUCUCACAUUGCACCAUAUAUCCGCUGAACGCACUAAGAUGAUACUAGGCCAUUUGGAGGAGCUUCAUAAACGCGGACCGCCACCACCUCCAACCGCUAGCGAAUCACUGCGUCGCAAAUAAAAAGAUUUUGUGGAGUUCCCAGAUGGCCGAUCGUUCUAGGUGGUGCAAACAAUUAUUUUUCUUCUAGUGAUGUAUGUAUAAUGUAAUAAAAUAAUAAUGCCAUGCCUGAUGCAUCUUAA